ACUCGGGUUUUGCAAGUUUAUUUCGAGUGAGACUGUGAGAGUGAGAACAAGAGAGAGAGAAAGGCCGAAAAGGGUUUAGGGUUUUCGCGUCCAGAAAAUACAGAGGUUUUCGCAGAGGAGAAGACGAAGAAGAUAAAGGAAGGAUGAGUAGAAGCUUGGGAAUACCAGUGAAGUUGAUGCACGAAGCCACGGGUCACGUGGUUUCAGUUGAGCUCAAGAGCGGCGAGCUUUAUCGAGGCACCAUGAUUGAGUGUGAAGAUAACUGGAACUGUCAACUCGAUAACAUCACAUUCACUGCCAAGGAUGGAAAGGUUUCCCAACUGGAGCAUGUAUUCAUUCGAGGCAGCAGAGUCAGGUUUAUGAUUAUACCAGAUAUGCUGAAGAAUGCUCCAAUGUUUAAACGUCUAGAUGCCAGAAUCAAGGGCAAGAGCACAUCACUUGGUGUUGGCCGUGGUCGUGCUGUAGCAAUGCGGGCAAAGGCUCAGACUGGUGGCCGUGGUACUGGUGGCAGGGGGGUCGUCCCGCCAGUGCGGAGGUAAAAGUUUAUCGGAUAGUAGGUCCAACUACUCGGUGUUAGAGUAUUGCUGCAUCCCAGUGAUUAUAUGAGGAUUUUGGUGUGGGGCUGAUAUUUCUGUUUUGUAUCUGAGUAUACACCUGAACCCUGAGAUGUACGAAAAUGAUCUGAUUUCAGAAUGGCAAUAUCUAGCUUAUUUGUUCUCAGUGUUCAGAAAUACUUUCAUGUUUUUCUUGAAUGUUCAUAGAUGAAGUUUUUUUUUU